AUGUCGCUCCAAUCCGAGCGUGCCGUCGCCGGGCCAAGCCGUCACAUCGGCGGAUCAUGUGACUCGGUGGGUCGUCUUCGCCCCCUCAAGCGGAAGUCCUCCGGCGACGGCGACGGCGAAGUCGACGUCGAGGCUGCACUCUCUCGCAAAGUUAAGAGCAAGUCGCCGCCGACGUCGCCGUCCAAGCAGACGGCCGUCGGGCUGUACCAACCUGAGGUCCAAGGACAGGUUCCGCUGAAUCUAUCCGUGGCUUCUGAGGUCACCGACAAUGGGGACGCAUCAGAUGCAGAUGCAGAUGCAGAGCUAGGCGUUCAACUGUUCCCUAGUGAACCACCGGGAGUUGCAGGUGCCUUCUGGUGGGACAAUGGGGACGCAUCAGAUGCAGAGUUAGGCGCUAAACUGUUUCCUAAUGAACCACCGAAAGCUGCAAUUGGCAUGUGGAAUCGUUUUGUCACCAACGCAAAGCUUUGCCUCGACGUCUACAACCAGAAAAAUCAGGCAACCUUAUUCAUCUCAGCCAACUUUGUGUACAAGCAUUCACGUGUUAAUGGGUUCUCUUACGUUGGUGAGCAAGAUUUCAGGGACUACUACCACCUAAAUUUUCAUGCUCAAGACAAGAGCGGCCACUCCCAGCUUUUCUUUGGUGAGAUUGAGGCACACACCCAUCCUACGGUGGAGAAUGUCACUUGCUGUUGCGCAGUUUCUCCUUCUGAUGCAGGUGGGAGAGGCAUCCCAACAGUUGAGGAAGCGCUGAAGCAUGAGUACCCAGAUUGGGAAACAGUGGGUAUGGAUUACAAGCGUUGCUACGCAUGUAUUCCAAGAUUUAAACACCCAAAAGGGACGUGCUACGUUGCUGGGCACUUUGCUGAUACCCUACAAUACUACUCGUUCUGA